GUGCACCAUACACUCUCCUGCUAGACGGUUCGCCGCUCUUUUUUGAUUCCUCGGUUUUAUUAUCAAUAAAACAAUUAAUUUUGGUGUUUUAUAUCGCAGAAAUUUUUUAAAAUACGUGUCAUAUAUCUCGUAAUUACUGUAUUGAGUGUAUAUGUUCUGGAUUAGUCAUAGAUAACAAAUUUUUAAACUACUUUAAACAGUGAGUGUGUUUGUUUUUUUUUCUGAGAGGAUUUUAACUAAAUAUGGAACAGGAUCAUUAGUAUUGUGGUGUAUAACUAUAUUUUUGGUUUAGAAUAUAAUACCGAAUGAUAGACUAAAGGAACCACUGGACUAUACCAUGGAGUCCCUGUUACUGAAUAGAUCAAACUCUCCCAAUUAUGAUAAAGCUUCCACUUCGGGCCAAGAUCGGUUGACGGGCGACACUGACUGCUUCGAAGAUAUAGGCAGGGGCGGCGCCUCGCGUAGUCAAAUAUCAGUAAGCAGCGAGCCCGUACCCAGAGCUACUGUCAAAAGUCACUUAGACUCAAUGUACCACGGAGCUUGGCCGAACAUGGAACGAACCGGAAUGUGGAAUUCUGAACCCGCCAGUCUAGGUACAGCAGCCCAGCAAAAACAACGAGACACAGAUAGACAAAUCCCAGUACCUCACGACGUGGGUUCAGUCAUGUCGUUUGCCUCCAGCUCAGGCGGAGUACCACUAGACAACGUUUUAUGUGGUUCAGACAGAGGCAAGUGGUCUUCGCAACAACUCGAAGCCAAAAUGGACGUAGUCCACAGUCUCCUUUCGAUGCUGGGCAGUCAGGAGCACGUGGACAUGGGCGAGACCCUUCUAGCACUGAGUACUUGCCCGGAAAGCUGUCUUGCCAUGCGUCAAUCCGGUUGUAUACCUCUCCUGGUGCAGCUGGUUCAGUCGGAUAAAGAUAACGAGACUAGGAGGAAAGCAUCGCAAGCAUUACAUAACUUGGUUAACUCUCAACCAGAUGAGAAAGUACGAAAACGGGAAGCAAGGAUUUUGAAGCUAUUGGAGCAUGCAAGGAAUUAUGUGGAAUAUCUGAAAAACGGUGUUGAAUUUGAAUUGGAGGUUAGCGGAGGAAGUGUGGGGUCUUCCAGCGAAAAUGGCGACAAACAUCCUGUUGAAACUGUGGCGCAUUUGAUGAAGCUGUCGUUUGACGAAGGACACAGACAGGCCAUCUGCCAAUUGGGUGGGAUUCAUACUAUAGCCGCUAUGGUCGAGAUCGAGCACUCGACUCACGGCAGCGGCUCCGCGGAGAGCCACUGCGUCCUGAUGCGCCGAUACGCCUGCAUGGCCCUCACCAACCUAACCUUCGGCGACGGCGGCAACAAGGCCUUGCUCUGCUCGCUGCGCGACUUCAUGCGCAGCCUCGUCGCGCAGCUGCAAAGCCCCGCGGACGAGCUGCGCCAAGUCACGGCCAGCGUGCUGCGCAAUCUGUCCUGGCGCGCCGACUCCACUAGCAAGGAAGUUCUCAAAGACGCGGGCAGUGUCACUGCUCUAAUGCGCGCCGCUAUGUUACAGAACAAGGAAAACACUCUUAAGUCCAUCCUGUCGGCGUUGUGGAACCUUUCAGCCCAUUGUACGGAGAAUAAGUCUGAAAUUUGUUCGGUGGAAGGUGCAUUGGGGUUCUUGGUUAAUAUGCUAACAUAUAAAACACCGACAAAAAGUUUGUCUAUAGUAGAGAACGCCGGGGGGAUACUAAGAAAUAUUUCCAGCCAGAUAGCGGUUCGAGACGAUUACAGAGAGAUUCUACGACAACACGGAUGCCUUCAAAUCCUCCUAGACCAACUGAAAUCGCCGAGUUUAACUAUAGUUUCGAACGCGUGCGGCACUUUGUGGAACCUUUCAGCUAAAAACGCCCAAGACCAGGAAGCUCUAUGGCAAUUAGGAGCUCCCGCGAUGUUGCGAAGUUUAAAUCACUCAAAACACAAGAUGAUUGCGAUGGGAUCGAGUGCAGCUCUUAAAAAUCUACUCAGUUGUAGGCCUCAGCAAGCACUGACCUCUCGAAUGGACUCUACAGCUUUGUCUUUGAAUUUACCUGAGUUACCAACUUUGGGGGCUAGAAAACAGAAAGCACUGUUACAAGAUUUGGAUCAGUCGUUGAGCGAGACUUUCGAGAACAUCGACAAGGAUUCUCCGGUCAAGAACAAGGUGGAAAAAAGUGUCGAUAUCGAUAGUUUUAUGAGAAAUAAAAGCAGGAGUCGGAGUCCAGAGGAUUUGAACGCUGCCUUUUCGAGUUUGAAUUUAAACGAACCUUCUACAAGCUAUACGGUGGAUCUACGACAGAAGACGAGGAUACCGCAGAGUUAUGGUAGUUCUAGUUUACCGUACGUACCACAACCGACCAGACGAUCAAAUCCAGCAACUUUUAUACCAGUGAGGAACAAAUUUCCUGAUCAGAACUACGAGGAUGAUGUUUGCGAGCAACCGAUUGAUUAUAGCAGGAAGUAUACGGUCUCUGACGUCCCCGUAGGGCCCCAAUCAUCGCCAAAAGACGGGGGGCAACAAGAAGGGGACAGUUUUAGUAUGGGAUACACGGAAACUGACUUAGACCAACCUACAGAUUACUCUUUGAGAUAUGCAGAGAACGAUUCUGAUUCUGAUAUAUGUGUGGAGAUAACCAAACAGGAAUACAUCCAGGACACUGUCAAAACCUACUGCACUGAAGGAACACCCUACGAAACUCCGUACAUUUUCUCCAAUGCCACUUCUAUCUCGGAUCUACGAAAUGUGGGAUCCACAGAACAAAAACCAGAGCUGAUCGACAAUGACAUCCAGAAAAACAAAGAAUCCAAGGCAAAAGAAGUAAAAAACGUUGAUGAAAAGGAUCAUUGUUCAACCGAGGAUAUUUCCGAGAUCGAAAACGCCGAUCUAAAGCCUCGGAAGUCUGAGUUUAGCUCAGGCCUGAUGUCCCCGGAAAAACCAGUGAACUACUGUGAAGAAGGCACCCCGGGGUAUUUCUCCAGAGGGAGCAGUUUUGGCUCCGGAUUGGAUUCCAUUCCUGUUAACGAAACGGUUAUCAAAAAAGAAGAACCUGAAGAGGUUGAAACAUCUUCAACGCAAAAAACAGCGAAGGCAGUGCAAAUGGAUAAACAGGCUAAAGCAGGAACUGAAGCCAAAGAGGUUAAGUUUGAACAGGUCGUGAAUUAUGCAGAGGAGACUCCUCUGAUGUAUUCAAGAUCGAGUUCUCUAGCGUCUUUGGACAGUAUCGAGCAGCAUUCCAUUCAUGAUGACAGAAGUUCUGUAGUGUCGGAUUUUAGCCGUCUAACCAGCGGUAUAGUCUCACCAAGCGAACUGCCAGACUCGCCAACCCAAACUGUUCCGCCUAGUCCGAGACCAACCAAGUCUAAGCUAGAGUUUCCUUCCACAUCGAAACUUCCAAGAAACUCCAACGAAAACAAACCGAGACCCCUCCAAAAACCCAGCGUUUUUGAGGAUAACAUCACCAAGUUUAAGGAGGAGAGUACUCCCGUACAGUUCUCGACAGCCACGAGUCUCAGUAGUUUAACCAUCGAUGAUCACGAGGAGAAUACACAGAAUAAUACACAGGAGAAGGAAGUUGAGGUUAAGGCUACAGUAAAAGAAGAAACCAUUAAGCAGGAGCAACAAGAAAAGACAGACAGGGAAAAAGACACUGAUAAGGAACUUAGCGGUUCGGACGAUCUGAAUGAUGACGAUGAAGAGAUAUUGGCCGCAUGUAUUAAUGAUGGGAUGCAAUCAAAUAUAUCGGCACCUACAGCCAGUUCGACGCCUACCAAGCUACAGAUGUCCAGCUUCAGUUACCAGCACUCCAAAGCUUCGUCUGGGAUUCCCAUGAUGCGGCGUACUCCGCCUAGGAAUGUGGCGGUUGGUAGUUCGCAUUUAAUGGAGGACGCGCCUAAAACUUACUGUACAGAAGAUACGCCAGCUCAUCUUAGUAGAACAGGUUCUAAUUCCAACCUGAGUGUCCUGUCUAUUCCCAACGACAACAAGAGUAAGCAACAUGGCGAUUUUAGUGAUGAUUCUAGUAAUUUAUCCGGUGAUAACGAGAAUUUAUUGGCAGAGUGCAUACAAUCUGCCAUGCCUAAACCCAAGAAAGAAAUAAAAGUGACAGCUUUACCGCAUCCGAUACGUUCGUCGCCAUACAAACAACAAGCGCAACGGAAACCCGGCGGUGAAUUCGUACAAGUACCCCCUCUUAAACCUCAACCUCAACAACAGGGGGCGAACAGGAGGGAGACCUCCCUACCCCCCUACCUGGGGGUGAGGGACGAAGUGGAGAACUACGCGGUGGAGGGCAGCCCGUGUCAUUUUUCGCUCAGGUCCAGUCUGAGCGACUUGACCGUGGAAGGUGGCAGCGUGGUCGGACUUAAGACGUCACACAACAAGCCUUCUGCAGCCGGCAGUAAUGAAGCCAAAGCUCUACCUCCAGAAAACGUUGACGUUUCCAAGGAAGCAAGGUUGUCAAAUGUAGCAAGAAAGGAGUCUUUGUCUUCCCUAAGUCUGGACUCAUCUGGAUCGAACGAUGCUGCAGAUAGGGCUCUUUUAGAAGAGUGCAUUUACUCUAGCAUGCCAAUUGAUAAGCAUGAAGAGGCUCUGUUGAAGGAGUGCAUUAAGGCUGGUAUGCCUAAGAGUACUGGCAGUACUGGUGGUGCUGAUAGAAGCAUGGGAGGCGUUAUGAGUCCCAGACGACAUUCUACCGCCCAACCCACCUCGCGAAGACCCUCCUCCGACCGCCACGAGCCACCGCGUCUUCUUCGCAGCCAGCACGACCAAUCAAAAAACUCGAGUGCUGCGUCUGUUGCCGGGAGCGCGUCGCCGGGGGACCGAUCGGGGUCCCCCCAGGGCGACGCGCGGCGUCCCGACACCUCCAACAUCGCGGCGGCAGACGUAGGAAGCGACAAAAGUCGCGCAGCAGCAGGGAGCGCCGUAGGGACGACGACCGCGCAACCGGCAGCGCAGGUGCUUCGGGUAGUAGAGGGGGGCAACAGCAGCAGCAACAGGUGCUCGCGCUCAGGAGAGAAUUUCUUGACAGAUCACACGAAGAGUGGAUCUAACAAAUCCAUCGGUCAGUUCUUGGACAGCAGCUACGAAACCGAUUUCAGUUUUUCCAAUUCAGAUAAUUGCGCAAAUUUGGACAACGUAUUCGCUAAAAGCUGCGAAGAGUCUGGACAUUUGGUGGACAACAGGAUGCUGGACCCUGACGCCAUGAUUGAAUCGCUGGACAGAUUCACAGCUGAAUUAGUAAGCCAAGCCAGUCACCUUACCAAAGACAAAGACAGAGACGUUCCUAGUGACAAAUCCAAAACCACCGACCCCACGAACGAUGACACUUGGAACGAUGACACUUCACCAAACGAAGUAACCUUCCCGAGCAUAUCAGGCAGCGCACCGAACGUCAUCACAUUCGGCAGUGAUCGCGACGAAAACCAGCUAGAAAAUGACGUACUGGAUGGUACAGAUCAACCAGAAGAACAAUCAAACGAUUUUUCUUCCAUAAACACCAGCACAAUGACCGAGAGCACCUUAAUAGCCAUAGAAGCCACGAAAAUGGCAACGGUGUUCAAAAUGGAAGCGGAAAUGUCACAGAGCCUCACCAGCGCCGCCUCGCUGGACCUCGAUUCUAUCAGACCACCUUCACAGAUGAAUUCCAUCACUAACAGCACAGUGAUCGUGGAAAAAAUAGUACCAAAAAGUCCUCAACUGGUUUCAAGGAAGAACUUACUGGUGAAGAGAGCGUUAAGCAAUUCUUUGAAUCAGGCAUCGAGUUUGGAGAGUCUUGAAAGUCACAGUUUAUCUAUUCUGGACACGCAAAAACCUCCUGCAGAGAUGAAUCAGUUGAUUGAUGUAGAUUUUGAUCUCAACGACCAAGAACACCACCCUAUCUUCAACGUCAAGCGAGAUUUUGCUCUCUCCGGUCCUUUAAGCUUUAACGGUGAUCUAGACUUCACAAAUCCACCAUCGAUCUUCAAUGAAAUCACUGACAUGUGUAACUCACUCGCUGAUGUACCUACAGAGGCAAUUGGAACAGAGACUAGUAUUUUUGAAGACUGUUUUACUCACAUGGAAGCGACUUUGGUUGAUCAAACGUUACAAGACGACGAUACGGCUGAGUUUAGUGAUGCAAACAGUGUUACACCGAUUCAAACUGAUCAGAGUAGUGCUGAGAACACUCCAAAGAAGAGCUGUAAGCCUGUGAAUAAGAGUAUGAUGACUAAACAAAGAAGGAAUUUGGCUAGGGAGAGGUAUAAGACUUACACGGUAGCGGCCGAGAUGGUGAUGCAAGAGAGUAUCGAAAUGGAAACUAAGGUUAGGGACGAAGAAACGUCAGAAAACACAUAUGUUUCACCGACUUACACAGUGGAAGCUUCUAAAGAGAAACAGGAAGAAUCUAAAUCAAAUAAUGUCAGUCCUUCACCAACUAGAAGCAAGCUAAGUAUACGUCGAAACUUUAUGCAAAAAAGACUGGAAAACAAGGAACGAUUCAGGACACAGACCUUGAGCGAGAGCAGUUUUGGUUCUCCGGAGUUAGCCUCGGCUUCACCUCCCUGUGACACUAAUGACAUUCAUUUCCUGGUUCAAAAAGAGGCCGAUUUGGUUUUGAGGACCUUGAGGGACAGCAAAUUUCAGCAGGACGAGAUGCUUGACUGCGAAACGCUGAGUCUAGUCUCGAACGACGAGGACUCGGAGCACAAUUCUGGAAGUUCUAUGAACUAUAGAACGUAUCACAAGAGUUGGGGCGGGAAGAAACAUAACCUUCCCACCAUUCCGAGUCAACUAACCAACGGGGAAGUCUGUGAAAGCACAGAGCAACAAAGCACUACGGUUCCUGUAGUUUCACCACCUCGGAUACCUGAUCCGCCUGCUCUGGACAGUUCUGGUUCGGAAGAGUUGAAUUCUGACGAAGAAAACAGAGAUAGUAUACCGGUAAAACCGAAAAUAGUGAAACCAACGAGCAAUGAAAUUGAAGAAACGCCUCAAAACGAAUCAGUACCCAAAGGAAUACGGGGUCGUCGCAAGCCGCUUUACUCCAAAUCAAACGUCAACAAUAAAGUGUCACCUAAAACAAUCAAACCGGCCAAAACAAUGACUUCCAACCUAGUUACGAACGUGACGUCCAGUCUCAAAUCGGGGGCUUCCCUCAAACCGACAGUUACCAGACAAAUCAAGCCUCCAAGUACAGUGAAGUCUAGUGGGUAUGGAGUGAGGAGUAACGGUGCUACGCCGGUGAGGAGUGCGGUGAAUAGUAGGGCUAAUAGUCAGAACGGUAGUCCGAAAAGUAGUCCUAAACAUUCGGCGAAGGGCACGCCGCCUUUGGAGAGGCAGGGGACUUUUACUAAGGAGGAUAAGUGUGAGCAGAGUUCGCCUAAGCCGCCAUCAAGGUUACCAGCACCACCUUCAAAGAUUCCCUCGUUCGCCAGCAAAAUCGCCAGGGCCGUAACGAACCGAAUCCCCACAUCUUCCAACAACCCUUCCAGCAGACUGAACGCGCGCAACGGCGGCGUUGUCAAGUCGGCCAGUACAGACCGGGCGAACCGUAACCCGAAAAUCUACAACAGAUCCACCAGCGCCGACAGCAGGGAACCCCAGAAGAAGCUGCAGCCCUCGUCGUCGACGCAGAGCUUGAAAAACGAGGCCAAAGUGGGGUUAAGGCGUACGGGAAUUCCCGCGCCUGCCCAGAGAUCGACCAGUAAUGCUAGUAUAACGUCGAACGGCAGUGCCAAAAAACAGGUGACUAGUAAGAUAGCUAGUUUGUGGAAAAGGGUGGAGGAGAGUAAAUCUAAACAGCAGAGUGGGCCAGACAAACGCGUUUGGAUCGAACAGGAGCAGAAGCAGCCCGAUCCCCCCCGCCUGAUACGCAGCGGCACCUUCGAAAACAAAGAUGGCGUCGUUCUACGUCACAAAGGCGGUUCCGAUGAAACUCCUCCCCCCACUUCAGACGAGAAGAGGGUCUCCAGACUGGGCUCGUUCAUCGUCAUGGACGAGAACGGCGAUAACGCGGGUCACACGCCGACAGUCGUGCCGGCCGUCAACACGUAGACAUUAAGUUUAGUUAGUUUUUUCUUUUUAAGUCCGUUCUGUCUGCAGGUACCCUAGGUUUAGUGACGCUCCCUGUACAUAAACUAGGAGAAACUUGCGUUGUUGCGUUGUGGUUGGUUUUAGUUCCAGUAAAAAUCACAGGUGUCUCUAAUAAGUAUGUUCCCAAAUAAAAUGCCUCUGUUUGGACUUGAUAUUUAUAUCCAUUUCCAAACAAAGCCAUCGUUCUAGUCUUAUUUUUCUCUCUCUGUGUAUCUCCGUGUUGGGGAUAUGACACGAUGUGACGUAAAAAAUCACUGCGCAUGUCCCGGUUACGUCACGAUCGUAGUCAUUUCGCAUUAUUUGUAAUUUUUGUAUGUUUGUUUUGUUUUUUUGGUUCGUGAUAUAAUUAGGUUUAAGUAAAGAUGAUGUUAGUCAUUUUUAAAUCAAAGUAUUUUGUGUAUAUAUCUUAUAUAUUUAGAUAAAUAAACAGAAGAUGUCAAAGAUAUAAAUUAGUGAUAAUAAUAACGA